UCGUAAAGCUUGCAGCUGAUAUAAGGCCGUGGUUCGUUCCGGAGAAAAGUGGAUUUGGCCACUCCACGGAGGGCGGAUUUUAAGAGCAGAGCAAGCGAUCUUUUAACUAUGAAUUGUACAUAUUUUAGAAGUAGAGUAUUUAAUUUAUCUAGAAAAUGAGAGCUUUGGGCUUUUUCCUGUGGGAAAUCGGCGCUGUAAUGCUGACCAGCUCGCCUUCGACUGAAGAAACAAUGCAGGCCUAGCUAGCGGAGGCUAAUCGGAUAACUGGCCGACCAGUGGGAUUUAAACCGUGGACGGAGCUGUGAUUUAAAGCUGUUGAGGCGACAUAAAACGCAAUGAGUUCACAGCUGCAAGUCUUCUCUCCCCCUUCAAUCUCCUCCAGUGCCUUUUGCCGAGUUAAGAAGCUCAAGGUGGAGAGCAAUGUUUGGGACGUUUCCACCACUGAAGCCUACGGUUCCAUAGCAGGCCAGUCGGCGUACGCAUUCACCCCAGCCAUGGCCGUGCCUCCGUUUGCGCCAUCGCUCGUCUUCCCUCCCGCUGCCACGGGCUCCAGGGGCCAGGUGGUGGUGCGAGCCGCUGAUAGCACAGGUAGCCUUCCUCGCGGGUCCAGUCGACGCGUCCCCGAGCAGGCGACCUCUUCGUCGUACAAUCACGAGACGACGUCGGAAGCGAGGAGCCAGAGGCACGGCCAGAAGAGAAAGCUAGAGGAGGUCAGCGAGGGCAGCGGGAGCGGGUGUGGCAGCGUUCAAAUCCUGGAGGAGCUCUCGGCUCCCGCGGCGACCUACUCCACCCGCACUGGCAGAGGCGGCGGAGGCGGCACAGGCCAGUCCAUACCUCACUCGGCUCCGACCACCAAGAGCAGCAGCUCCAACGGCGAGGGGGAUUAUCAGCUCGUUCAGCACGAGAUCCUCUGCUCCAUGUCCUCCAGCUACGAAGUCCUAGAGUUCCUGGGAAGGGGCACGUUUGGGCAAGUGGCCAAGUGUUGGAAAAGGGGCACCAAUGAGAUCGUGGCAAUCAAGAUUCUGAAGAACCAUCCUUCAUACGCUCGUCAGGGACAAAUCGAGGUGGGCAUUCUGAAUCGGCUGAGUGCAGAGAACGCAGACGAGUACAAUUUUGUGCGCUCGUACGAAUGCUUCCAACACAAGGGCCACACCUGCUUGGUGUUUGAGAUGCUGGAGCAGAACCUGUACGACUUUCUAAAGCACAGCAAGUUCAGCCCACUCCCCUUACGACACAUCAGACCCAUCCUGCAGCAGGUGGCCACAGCACUGAUGAAACUGAAGAGUUUAGGACUGAUCCAUGCGGACCUGAAACCUGAAAACAUCAUGCUGGUCGACCCGAUCAGGCAGCCGUACCGGGUGAAGGUCAUAGACUUCGGCUCUGCGAGUCACGUGUCGAAAGCUGUGUGCUCAACCUACUUACAGUCUCGCUACUACAGGGCUCCAGAGAUCAUUUUGGGCCUGCCGUUCUGUGAGGCCAUCGACAUGUGGUCGUUGGGCUGUGUGAUCGCUGAGCUGUUUUUAGGCUGGCCUCUUUACCCCGGAGCUUCCGAGUACGACCAGAUCCGAUACAUUUCUCAGACUCAAGGCCUCCCAGCUGAAUACCUCCUGAGCGCCGGCACCAAGACCAGCCGCUUCUUCAACCGAGGCCCGGACUCCAGCUACCCGCUGUGGCGGCUUAAGACACCAGCAGAGCACGAAAUGGAGAUGGGAAUCAAAUCGAAGGAGGCCAGGAAGUACAUCUUCAACUGUCUAGAUGACAUGAUGCAGGUCAACCUAUCAUCUCAUUUGGAGGGGACGGACAUGCUGGCUGAGAAAGCCGACAGGAGAGAGUUCAUAGAUCUCUUGAAACGGAUGCUUCGUCUCGAUGCUGACAAAAGAAUCACUCCCACGAAAACGCUGGGCCACCCUUUCGUCACGAUGAGUCACCUAAUAAAUUAUCCGCACAGCUCACAUGUCAAGUCAUGCUUCCAAAAUAUGGAGAUCUGCAAGCGCCGGAGCACGUACGACAGUAGCAAGUCUCUGUACUCCACCAAUGCAGUUCCCAGUGCUGCCGCAGGAAACCUCACUGUUACCUUCAGUAGCCAGCUUAACCAGCAUAACCAGGUGCCUUCUGCAGGGGGUGCGGUGCCUUUGCUGAACUACCAGCCAGCUCUUUACCAACAGGCCACUAUCAACAUUCCUGGUUUGGCUCAACAAAGCGUCCCACUUCCAGCCCGUCCUGCUGGGCUGUGUACCCAGACAGAACCGUUCCAGCAGACCCUUAUUGUGUGUCCACCCUCUACUAUUCAAGGGCUACAACCAUCGAGUAAGAGCUCCAGCUUCCCUGUCAGGGUGGAGAACUCUGUACCUAUAGUACCUCAGAACCAGUCUGCUCAGUCACUGCAGAUCCAACCAAGUAUGCUCACCCAGGGUUCCUGCACACCCCUGAUGGUGGCCACCUUGCACCCACCCCCACCAGGCAUAGCCCCUCAGUAUUCCCUGCCCCUGGGGCUGGGCCCCGGGGUGGGUCGGCCAGCCCUCCUGGAGCACACGGCCACUGUGCUGCAGGCUUGGCCAACUGGUACCCAACAAAUCCUCAUCCCCUCGUCUUGGCAGCAGGUCCCAGGUGUGGCCAUCCAUGGCUCCGCCCACCAGGCGAACGUCACAGAAUCUCCCCUGGAAGCCAUUCACUCGGGCGCCGCUGUGCAGACGGGACAAAGCUGGCGAAACGGAUCUCAAGCCAGGACGCAGCAAGAGAGAAAGAAAGGAAAAGCCCGGUGUGGGGAGAACAGAAACAGGGUUGUAUCCACCACAUCUAUCCUCAGCAGCGGCGUGACCCCGCCCACUUCCUCUGUGGCCCUGUCCCAGCCCAUCGUCAUCUCGGACACCCCCAGCCCGGCGGUCAGCAUCAUCACCAUUCACAGCGACACAGACACAGAAGACGAGCGCAAGUUCCACCCGGCCAGUAUUGGACUGAGCCGAACCGAGCGCACCAACGUGAUCAGCUGCGUCACGGUGCAUGACUCUGACUCGUCCACCACCAGCCCGCUGACCCCGCUGCCUCGCAGCCUGAACGCCGCCGGCCCCCUGUCGUCCCGGCAGCCCAAGUCCCUGGCAGUGGUGGCUCCUUCGGUCAAGAGCCAGACCUUUGAGAGGGCGGCGGCUUCACACGGCCGCGUGGAGACUGGUGCUUACAUGAAGCCAAAAAGAUCAUCCAACCGGCAGCCCUGCAGCUCCGGGGAAAGCCUGGACCGAGCUGCGCUGGUCCCGAGCCAGUCUCACCCUUUGAACCUCAGCCAGGUUCAGUCGGUGGUUUCUUCGUCUCAGGAGCGUUCGUUGGUCUCCCACGGCGACUCCUCUCUGCACCGCCAGCAGACGUUCCCUCCGGCUGUUCCCGCCUCUCACUACAGCUUCCCAGAAGUGACGGCCCUGGCCCCGGGCCCGGCCGCCGCAGCCGCUGCCGCCGCCGCCGCCGCAGCGGCCAGCCUGUACACCUACCCAGCUUCCACGGCGCUCUCCUCGGCUUCCCAGGCCAUGGAGCAGCUGCUCAGCCGGGGCCACGGCAGCCACGGACACUCUCCCUCCGCCUAUGCAGCAACGUACGCCUCAUCUUCGUCGUCCUCCAGGAGGGACUCGGCCGGUCGCAAGGAGUCGGUCAGCAGCCUGCUGCACGGCCUGCCCGCCGCCUACCAGCACCAGUUUGCGGCCGGUUCACCCUACGUCAGCGUGACGCCCCGAGCUGAGGCGUACAGCGCCUACCAGCUGAGCCCCAGGCGCCUCACACAGUACCCCUACCUAUAGGGAACCAAUGCAAUUAUAAAAAAAAAAAAAGG